CAGCCGACGACGACGAAGAAGCAGCUUUGUGCUUUCUGAGGACGGCAAUGGCGGGGGUGCACACGCGCAGGGCGUUCCUGCUCUGCAACUACCUGCUGCUGGGGGCGGCGUCCGGGUGCAUCUUCCUCACGCUCUCGCUCCGCCUCCUCCCGUCCCCGUGCGGCCUGCUCCUCGUCUUCCUCCACGCCCUCACCGCCGUCUUCGCCGCCGCGGGCUGCUCGGGCUCCUUCAGCUCGGGCGGCGGCGCGCACACCGCGUCCGCCGUCCUCACCGCCAUCUUCCAGGGCGCCGCCGCGCUGCUCGCCCUCACCCGCACCGGCGACUUCCUCGCCGAGCUGCGGUCCUACGUCCGGGAGGAGGACGGCGACGUGAUCCUCAGGCUCGUCGGCGGGCUCGGCGCCGCCAUCUUCGUGCUCGAGUGGGCCGCGCUGGCGCUCGCGUUCGCGCUCCGCCUCGGCGACGACGGCGGCGACGACGACCAGGACGGCGGGUACGCCAAGAGCUGGCAGUCAGGUUACCAUGUCUGACUCGGGCCUGCUCAACUUGGGAGAUCCAUGGACAGGACAGGGAACCAUAAAAGAUGAAUCUUUUUUAUUCUUUUGAAUCUCUUUUGUUUGUUCAUUCUUUUACUGAAUUAGUGCAGCUAUUCAGCGUUGAUUAUACAGUGUUGCUGUACUACCAAGUGCAAAGGCAAAUGUAUUGCUUUGCUCUGUAUUCCUUGUCAGUCAUCAGAUCCGGUAUGAAUUGGAGGAAAUUUUGUCAUUCGCCUGACUGAAAUUGUUGCGACCAUCUUUCUUGUUGGGCAAUCGGUAUAAAUUGGGGGGAAUUUAUCACUCGCUUGAAUGAAUUUAGUAAAAUA